AUGGGCGAUGACUACAAAGUAGAGUUAGUCAAAGUCAUUUUACUUGGUGAUGGUGGCGUGGGGAAGUCUGUGUUAACAAUCCAAUUUACAUCGAAUAUGUUUGUAGAAGAAUAUGAUCCGACAGUAGAAAAUUGUUAUCGUAAAACAGUGAACGUCGAUGGGAAGGUGUGUGUACUCGAUAUUUUAGACACAGCGGGACGUGAAGAGUACCAAACCAUGAUCGACCCGUACAUUCGGCAGUCACAAUGUUUCAUGAUCAUUUAUUCAAUCAACAACAAAGAGACCUUCGCGUGUGCGCAAAAGUAUUACGCGCGAGUCUCGCGGAUAAAAGAAAACGACGCGUUUGAUCAAUGCAUUUUGAUCGGGAACAAAACCGACUUGGCUGACGCUCGCCAAGUCCCUACAAGUGAUGGACAAGCGUUCGCAAAGUCAAAAGGUAUUUCAUUCAUCGAGACGUCUGCAAAGAAGAGGACAAACGUCGACGAAGCGUUCUACGAGGUCGUAAGAAUAUCGCGAAAGACCGCGCAGGUCCAAACUGAGGAAAAAAAGAAGAAGAAGGCCUGUUACAUUCUGUGA